AUAGGUUAAGGGUUGGAAAGGGCUGUGACUUGGGAUUGGGGCUGUCUCGAAACCACUAGUCAGGUUUAAGUAUCAUAGAGCUUUUUCCACUCUCACUUUUCAUCCUCCUCUGCAGCACUCACUCUCUGCAAACUUUCCUCUGUCUUCCUCCUCCUCUCUUCCUCUGCCCUGUGCUCGUCUCGUCUCCGUUGUUAGUGUGGCUGGGGUUUCUCUCUCUCCACGUCUGCAAACUUUUCUUCCUGGGGAGAAUCUGGAAAACACUACAACCCAAACAUCACCAUGGAGGGCAUCAAGAAGAAGAUGCAGAUGCUGAAGUUGGACAAGGAGAAUGCCAUUGACAGAGCGGAAGAGGCUGAAACUGGCAAGAAGGCAGCUGAGAAAAUAUGCACUCAGUUGGAGGAAGAGUUGUUGGCUCUGCACAAGAAACUGAAAGGAGCAGAGGAUGAACUGGACAAGUACUCAGAGGCCCUGAAGGAAGCUCAGGAGAACCUGGAGCUAUCUGAGAAGAGGACUGGAGAAGCUGAGAGUGAGGUGGCAUCUCUGAACCGCAGGAUCCAGCUGGUGGAGAGCGAGUUGGACCGCACCGGGGAGAGACUGGCCGUUUCCCUGCAAAAACUGGAAGAGGCAGAGAAGAUGGCGUAUGACAGUGAAAGAGACAGGAAGGUGUUUGAAGACAGAGCCAUGAACGAGGAGGAGAGGAUGGCAAUUCAGGAGAUGCAACUUAAAGAAGCCAAACAAAUCGCGGAGGAAGCUAAUCGCAAAUAUGAGGAGGUUGCAAGGAAACUGGUUGUCCUGGAGCGUGACCUGGAGAGAGCAGAAGUGCGGGCAGAAAAUGGGGAAAGCAAAUGCAGUGAGAUGGUAGAGACUCUCAAAAAUGUAACAGAAAACACAAAGUCCCUAGAAGCUCUGUCUUUUGAGUGCUCUGAGAAAGAAGACAGAUAUGAGGAGCGGAUAAAAUUACUAGAUGACAAGCUUAAGGAGGCUGAAAUCCAUGCCGAGUCUGCAGAGAGAUCUGCAGAUAAGUUGAAAAAGACUGUGGUGGAUUUGGAAGGACAACUAUCCCUGGCCAUAGAAAAAAAAACAGAAUUGGAAAAAACCCUGGAAGUAACAAUGCAGGAACUAAGUGUCUUGUAAAAAAACAAAAACAAAACCGCAUAGAGAAAAAAAAGUUUUCUGUCCAUCUCUUUUCACUACCUUCACUUUUACUCCUGACUCUUCAACCAUGUCUAUACUCAUUUUUUAAGUUUAUAUUUAUGUUUCGUUUUUUUUCUUUUCUUUUUGUUUGUUUUUGGGGUUUUUUAAUUGUGGUGCUUGAUACAUUUGGGACCAAACUUGGAGCACAAAUAAAACUAUAAGGAAAACUCUGAUGA